AUGGACCUGAACACCAUUAAGGUGGCAAAUUCUUGCUUCGUUCUAGUUUUACUAGGGCAUGCCAUUGAAGGUGAUUUCAUAAGCCCCCACCACUCGAAUCGUAUAUUUGAGGCUUAUAUGGGAGACAAAAACAUUAUCAAAUUUGAAGCUACCCUCCAGUGGCACCGAGGCCUGAAACUUAAGGUUUUUUUUGUUACCAUUUAUUCAAAAGAAGAGAUGUCAAGUACUGCAUACACACACUGGUGCUACCAAUGCUGGGUGCGAUUCAGGCUGGAAGUGGGAGAAGUUGUUUGCCCUUUCUGUGACAGAGGCUUUAUUCAAGAACUCAGUGAGAUGCAAGACUUGGCACCAGAAGAUGUCUCUGUACCUAUUUCAGGAUAUCAUUAUCAUCAAGCACCUGAUAUAAUGGACUUUCUGUAUGCUCUAAUGACACGUAGAAGUCCCAACCCAAGACUUGAUUUAAUGGAUUAUGUUGAUGCUUUCAUGAGGCAGAGAAUGGCUGGAAGAAAUCCUAACUUUGAUGUUAGAGUGAGGUCUGGUUUGGUUCCUGAACAGAGUUGACGUUUUUCAAUGGGCUUGAUCCUGAUUUGAUAUUCAAUCGUACUCCUGGUUCAGCCUUCGCUA